UCUAUUCAAAUUUGGGUCAGGGGUGAGGAAGCCUAACGUCAUAAGCUUGCAACAUGGCGUCCCGAAGGCUGUGAGAUGAGCAAGAGGAUGGUAAAUUGAGAAAGAUCCUACCGAUGUAUUAAGCUUUAGGUGGUGUUCGUGUAGGAAGAGAGCAAGAGAGGGAGAGACAGAAGGAAGGUGGAAAUGGAACUGCCAAAUCAUGCCAAACAAUUGCUGCUGCAACUCAACCAGCAGAGAGCCAAAGGCUUCUUGUGCGAUGUUAUUAUUGUGGUGGAGAACGCGCUCUUCCGCGCCCACAAGAACAUCCUGGCGGCCAGCAGUAUCUACUUCAAAUCCCUGGUGCUCCACGACAACCUCAUUAAUCUGGACACGGAGAUGGUUAACCCCUCUGUGUUCAGACAGGUUCUGGACUUCAUCUACACUGGGAAGCUCCUUUCGUCCUCGGAGCAGAGCAACGAGCAGAACUUCAGUGCCCUCUUAACUGCAGCAAGCUACCUCCAGCUUAAUGACCUCGCAGCGCUUUGCAGAAAGAAGCUCAAGCGCAAUGGCGGAAAACCGUUGCUGGGUAAACCCUCCACUCCAGGCCCAAACAGCCGCUCACGCCUCAACAACCAGCGCCUUUCUUCUUCAACCCCUUCUAACCACUAUCCCCCAACCCCUUCCGAUGCUGAUCAACCACAGCCAGACGAAGGCCUUCGGGAAAAGCUCUCAGAUGACGAGAUGUUUGUUGGCAGCUCGGGAAAGAACGGUAACGGGGGCAAUGGCAGCAGUAAUGGCAACCUCAGCAGUGGAGCCAGUGCUGGGGAGCCGGACCACGGCCUGGACUUGUCCAAAAAGAGCCCUCCCUCUGCGGGUACAACCACUGAUGCCCUUAGCCCACACAGCAACUCCCAAGAGUCCCCUCAAUCUGCCUCAGUAUCCACAACCAACAGUGCCUCGCUAGAUGACUCCUCGACAACCCUACCAGGCUUGGAUGCCUGUGGCCAAGAGCCCAUGGAGCUCACUCCUAACCCCAAAGCCCCUGAACAAACUGGUUUUGAACAAACUCAAUCCCAGGCAGACGGCCCAACACCCCAUAAAAAGUCCCGGCAGGCGUCUCGCAAGAAGGAAUGGCCGAAAAAAGAUGCGUCCGGGCUCAAGUCCGAAGACUAUGAGAGGCCCCUGGUUAAUGGGGUGAUUGUGGGUCCGAAGGAGGGCCGUUCCUCUAACAGUGGUGCUGGAGCGGGCAGUGGCAGCAGCUUCGCCUCUGACCAGUCCUUCCAGUGCAAAGAGGAAGAAGAUGGAGGCGAGAAUGGGCAAGACCACACAGACGAUAGCGGGCAAAGCGAAGGUGAGAACGCGGGAGGCACCGCUGGAGGAGGUGGCGGUGGCGGCAAGGGCAAACACGGCGCCAACUACGUAUACCGCCAGGAAGGGUUUGAACCGGCGUUCGGAGACAACCUGUACGUGUGCAUCCCGUGCGGCAAGGGAUUCCCAAGCUCAGAGCAGCUCAACGCUCACGUCGAAACUCACACAGAGGACGGGCUGUUUGUCAAAGAGGAAGGUGGGACGACGUUUGUUAAAGAGGAAGACGAGGACGAGGCCGAGGACCUCUCCGCCCCGGUGGGUCCCUCCAACUUUGGCGGCACUGAGACUCGCCCCUUCAGGUGCACCAUCUGCGGAAAGAGCUACAAAGACCCGGCGACGCUGAGGCAACACGAAAAGAGCCACUGGCUGACCAGGCCCUUCCCGUGCAACAUCUGCGGAAAAAUGUUCACCCAGAGGGGAACCAUGACACGCCAUAUGCGCAGCCACUUGGGGCUCAAGCCGUUUGCGUGCGAGGAGUGCGGCAUGCGCUUCACUCGCCAAUACCGUCUGACGGAGCACAUGCGCGUCCACUCCGGGGAAAAGCCCUACGAAUGCCAGUUGUGUGGGGGGAAGUUCACCCAGCAGCGCAACCUCAUCAGCCAUCUGAGAAUGCACACCUCGCCCGCUUAAAAUUGCGUCAAGCCAAAGAACUCUUGGGGGAAAAAAAGAUAGUGAAAGUACCUUACUCUAUUUGACUGGUUUUUCCGUCAUGUCAAGACAAGAAACGCACACACAAACACAUUGACAUGCAUUCGCACCCAUUUCUAAGUAUUGAUUCCAGUUGGAGCUCCGACCUCUGGCUAAGUGAAUUAUGUAGCUGCUGGCCAGAGGACGUUCUCGGGGAUAAUGGGAUCUAUUUUAUUAUUAUUAUUAUUAUUAUGUUCGAAUCAUGAUUUCAUCAACUACACCUCGAGUAACGUCCUUUUACCUCUCAGGAGAUAUGGAGGGGUGAUGUACAACCACCCUCCCUCUCUAAAUUCACCGGGCCACACUGGAGUGUGAAGGCAUCUUCUCUGUGUUGUUAAGUCUGACAAAUGUGAAUGUUGGUACCGAUGUUGACCCCCCCCCCCCCCCCCUCUUGCCUCAUACACUUUAGCAAGCGCCCCAUCGUUGCCCAACUUGUGAGUCUUAACAUCAAGUUAAGAUUGAUCCCUCACUGAAUGAAUUUCCAAAUGAAACCCCCGUCUCUAGUCCUAGAGUUUAUCUUGACCAAAAACCCAUGCAAACAUUACAGGCAAUAAUUUUAAAACUAACUAUAGUUACAACCACGAUGGCACUAUGUCUUUGCUUUUUGUCAAUGGCGAUCUGUAUGGAAGAGGAGUGCUGACCACGUUUGGGAUCAUCUCCCUGCUUUAAGUCCUAAAGAAGCUGUUCCUGUUGUGGGGUAACAGUGAAUCAGAUUUGAAUACAGACAAUAAAUGUCCUCUGUACAGCUCUGUAAAGAGGGGUAUCAGAUUUAGUUUUUUUUUUUUUUUUUUUGCCAGCGACACUUUCCAGGACUAACUUUGAAAACCGAUUUGAGGUACUGUUUGACUUUAAAGAAUUUGUAGUGUUUCAAUUAAUGUUUUAAACUGGAAGGUCCUGGGGUGUUUCUUUUUGUGGUUAGAGGGUUUCAGGUUGGUUGGGGGUGGGACUUAGUUUCAUUGUGGGGUGGGGUUGACCGGGUGUGGUUAGACUGAACAAGGUGUUCAGUGGGUACGAUUAUGAUUAAUUUGAUUGUCUGUAUAGCUUUCCUCCUUUCCCUCAGAAAAAAAGCUCUAUUUCUAAUAGGCUUGUGACCUCGCUACCUCUUGAUUAUUCUUACAAACUCAAUGUUGAUUAGUUUAAAGUUCUGAUGUAAUUAAUUGUAAAAAAUGUAGAUUACGGUUACUUUUCACCGAAUGCUUUAACCUGCCCAUCUCUCAUCACAGGUUUUUGAUGCUUGUAGGUUUUACACAUUUAAAUGUUGUUUUUCUAGCUGUGGAUUCUACUUGUCCAGACAUACAGAUAGCUUUUUGGGGUUCCCUGCUCAAUGUACCCCACUUCAAAAUGUACUGUAGUUUCCUAAAUGGGGCAAAAUGGUGUUAGUUAGUUUAGACGCACAGUGUUCCAAAGAUCUUACGAAUGUUGAGGAGAGCUGAUUAACAAACGGAGCUAGACAAGUUCAUAACCAAAGUUAUUAAGAAAGAUGUACUUAAGAUAUAUAACAUACUAAAUUAUUUCACUUUUGAUUAUUUGUUUUGUUUAUUUUUGUUUUGCUGUAAAGAAAAAAACAAAUUAUGAAUUAUAUUUUAAGUCCAGACAAGGAAAUCCUCCCUUGAUGGAAUUUUGACCAAUGAGAGUGUUUUGCAAGGAAAGCUUGUGCUGAUUGGUGGGCCGGUAAUUAAUGUAAACUUUACAAUGUGAGGAAACUGUAAAGUUGAAGACAUGGUCUUUGAGCAUGUUUUGUCUUUCCUUUGUAUCUAGAGUCCUUAUCACAUUAUAUUCCCUGACUUAAACAAGGACUUAUUGACAUGUAUGUUUUCUGUUCAGACCAAAAAAUUAAAAAGAAAAAAAGAUGGACAAUAUAAUCAAAAUUUCAAUGUGAAGUUCAAGUUUGCUCUUUGGUUUUUUUGAGCAAGACUUGUGAAAACUUGUAAUGAAGAAGAGGGCCAGACGCACUGGACAGCUUGACAUCUCGUUGGUUUACUGCAGAAUCUAUUUUACUGACUAACCAGCCAAUAUCAAACAAAAUGGUUGCAUUAUUUGUAUCCAUAGUUCACUAUUUCAUGGGGAUUCUGCUCCCCCGAAUCUGUCCAGUGUAUCUAAACUCUUAGUUACAAUAUGGAUCAUGAACAUUCUCUACACAUUUUUGGUAUAGGCAUUCCUCUAUUAUGUUGGUUUUAAAGGUUUUUUUUAUUUCUAUGUCUUCUUUGUCCUCAUGUUAUGGUCUGUGACAUGUUUUAUAUGCUAGGGAUGCAGCUACAGCUAAACAAGCACCACUAACCGUUGCAAGGUACCUGCAUCCUGUACUCUCCAAAAUAAUGUUACUUUCUUAUGUUGAUGUCUUGCUGUAAAGCAGUUACUGCUUAGUGAUUUGCAUGGAACAUCUUAUCGUUAUUUUUUUUUUUGUUUUCACACUCCCAACCCUCUACCAUACCUGGUUUCAAAAUGUAAUAUUUUGCUUGUGAGCUUUUACUGGCUUCAAAAUUAUCGUGUCCACAAUGCAUUGCCUGCAAAGGUUAUGUAUUUGGCAGCACUCUGGCAGAACAGUGUAAUGUCUGUAAUGCCAAUGGAGUUUUUAUUUCUUUGAAAACACGAUCACUAGCCAUUGCUGCAAGAAAGGAGCGUUGCAGCUGCAGUCGAAUGCUUUACUUGUUCGGCAUAAAGAAGAAAAACUAAGAACUUCAAACUGUGACCAUUCUACUACUACUGCUCAAAUACUUCAGGGAUUGUUCCGCAUCUGUGAAUGUAGGACUCUCAGCUACAUUUUUAAGACAUAGUAUUGUAUGGAUUUCUCUGUAUUUUAAUCAUGGGAAAAACAAAACGCUAGUUUCAUAUUUAAGACAAAAAAAGGGGUUGGAAACUUUUUUCAUCAAACACAAGGAGCCUUAACAAAGGCAAGGCAGCUUAACACAAGUCUACAUUUUUGUUGAUGACACAUUAUGUUCUGAAAUGGUUGCGAGGUUGUACAAAGAACUACAGAAGAAAAAGCUCAUACCCAAAUCCACAAACUAUUUUUUAAACCAAAGCACAUUUGAAUGAUUAUUGAUCCGAGUGUGGCUAUAAAAAGAUGCAUAUGUAUUUACCUCAUUGUUUACAUAAACUUUUACAGACCUCAGUGGAGGUUCGGCCUGGCAGAGAGGUGGUUUUCUGUGUGUGAUAAAGGAAAAAACAAAAACAAAGGAAAACAUGCAUUCCCCCCCACCCACCCCCCCCCCCCCCCCCAAAAGAGAGGUUGCUGCCAAAACCGAAGCAUAGUGCAAAAAUCUGCAGCAAACUGCUGCAUAUUCAAUUAGGGGGAGGGGUGUGUAGUUUGCGAGGGAGCCCCCUCUGCCAGCUGCCUUUAAGGUGACCCUGCGCCCCAGUGCUCCUGCCCUCUGGCCUGUCGUCAGAUGGGCCAGCAGCGACUCCGAGCGGGGGGUGGGUUGGCAGUGUGUCCUUGACGUAUUAAUCAAAAGGCAUUGUUAGUCAGUUUCUCUGGAUAGAUGGCUCUCUCCGUGUUUACCCAAAUAGAGUGAGCCCGAUUUCCCCCCCCCCCUUCUCCUCCUCCUGGGAGUCUUAAAGCUGUGGGCGAUCCUGGAGGGCCGGACCUGUUGUCCCAGCCCAGCCGGAGUUGGUAGCGUUGUGCUCUUACAUUGCAUGUAGACAUUAUUUCCGCUAGUCUUAACUGUGAAUGUUUGUGUCUUUUUCUCUGACUUUUAUGAUGUUUUGAAAUCCUUAUUUUUUUCUUUAGUUAUUUUCAAGCUGCCUGUGUUUUCUGUGUAGCAGCAGCUCAAGCAUCUGGUUGGCCGGGCCUCAUUCAAAGUUGGUGCAAACACUUAUUGACAGUGUUUUUUUUUUUUUAUCAAAUGUCUAUUGUUGUCAGUGAUGAAUGUAUUUAUUUUUGGUCCCGCCCUCCCCUCUGUAAAUAAUGAUCUCAGUGUGGAGACUGAGGCGGACACGGGACCCCCCCCUUAUUAUUUUAUUUUAUUUUAUUUCUGUUUUUGAAGAUUUCAAGCUGAGAAUCAAAAAAUGAGACACGCAUACAGCCAUUUACCACAAUCUGUUUAUUUUUCGUGGUAGGGGGAGGGAUUGGAAGAUGAAAUUGUUUUUUGGUUUUGUCACAUAUAUUCAAAGAAAAUGGCGUACGUCAUUUAAUACCAUGCUUCUCCGUUUUAUAUGAAAGAAUGGUAGGGAUGUUAAUUUCCUGUGUGUGUGUGUGUGUGUGUGUGUUUGUGUGCGCCGGCGGGACAUGGUAACCUGUCUGUGCAUAAGAAACGGAGCCUACUCUAUGUUCUCAAAUAUGCUCAACCUGGGUGUUGCCACAUUUUUGCCAAUUAGGAUCUCACACGUGACAGAAGUCAAAUACAUCACCUCACCUUCUUCCUUGGACGGCGAUCUCUUUUAUGACGUCGGUCUCAUCCUUCUAUUUGUUCUCUUUCGGGGAUGUUUUUAUUAGCAUACCAGUUACCACUAGUUUCUCGUGCUGUUCCUUUUUGAGUGUCACCUUUUAGUUAUUACGUCGAGGGGGGUAUUUAAAAACAUGGGGUUGAGAUAGCUUUACUAAGUGCACUUUGUAUGUUUUGAAAAGCCUCAGAGUAAUCCCGGAUGCGCUCCCGCCACUUCACAUAAACCAUUCUCUCUCCCCCUCCCUGACCAUCACCCUCUGUCCGAAACGACAUAUCCUUGUGCAGUGUUACCAAAGCUUUAAAACAAAACAAAAAUCAAUAUACACAAAGGAGACUGUCUCAAGCUCUGGAAGUUACACAAGUAACUUAUCUCCUAUGCUUUCUGUACCCUUCCCGCGGCAAACGGCUCUGUGCUCCGGGCUUUUUGCUAGGGUUGACGGGCUGGUCUAUCCAGAUACUACUUGUGGACGGCAAAGAAAUGCCCUCAAGUAUGAUUGGCUGUAUGCCCAAAACUCUGGACACAAAAAAGGCCCAUGCUUUACUGUCACUUAUCCUAUGCCUCACCCAAAGUCUCUCCUCCCCAUCCUGCUUACAUGCGUUGUAAAGAAACUAACAGUACCUCUAACGAUCUUGUGCAGAAUUGAACUGCACCCAAAGCACCAAAUGACCUCUGAACCCUCAGUGUUCUCAGCAAUACCAUAACCUUGCCAUUACGCCCGGCAGCAUUUAUGAGCUUUUAAUUUUAUUUUUACCGUCCGGCUGUAACCAAAAUAUUUUAUUUUCUCUUGGACAGUGUGUGUGUGUGUGUGUGUUGAGGAGUCAUUCAAAAUAAAUAGGUUCAGUGAUUUUUGGAGUAGUCGCCUUUUUUGUAAGAGCGAAGAUACGAAUAGCUGCUAAACUAGUACUUGAAAAGUUGAUGAAGGGGCUUUCCAUAGAGUUGGCAUCAAGCUUCCUCCCUGUUCCACUUUCUUCAUGAGCAGUCACUCAAUAAUGGAUCAGGAUCCACGGGCUGAGAGGCUCUGGAACGGACAUAUAGGUUCUUGGCCUAUGAAUAAUUGAGAGCCAACAAGCCCCCCUCCUCCUCUCCUUCCUUUUUGCAAAUACACUUCACAUGCAAAGGAGCACCCACACCAAGAUACACCUUUUGCCUGUAUUCAUGCAAAUACGCAUGGAUACUUGCCUCACACGGGAUCUUGUGCAUGCCACGUUUGCAUUCCAUCAGCGCGACAUAGGUUAAGCAACAUUUUUUAAAUAUGCUUUUCUGCUAUUGAUCUUACCGGUAUUCAAGGUGUGUGAUUCUGUCAUCGCCCCUUGUGGCCAUGUGGCGACACCCAGGCACCCAUCUCUCUCCCUCUCUCUCACUCUCUGUCUCCCUCUCUCUCUCGUAUCCCUGCUCCUCAGAGAACUUGUAUUCAGGUCAGAGUCGUCGGUGUGCAUCGUCCAGGCGCUCACUAGAACUCACUACAACUCAAACGUGUCAAAGUGUAAUACAGCUGACCUCAGAACUCACAACCUUGCAGUCUUAAUGUACAGCGGUGAGGAAGAAAAUAAACUGUUAUUUUAUGAUCUUUUCAUUAAAAGCUUGAUUGAAAAACCAA